AGGCGGAGGCGGGGUCGAGCCGAGCUGUACACCUCGGGUUGCCAUGGUCACCCGUCGCCACCUGUCUCCACCUGACACGAUCCGACCCGGGCCGCCCCACGGGCGGCGUUCGCGGCUCCGGAGAAGGGUCCCGGGCUAUCAACAUGACGGCUGAAGAAACAGUGAAUGUGAAAGAGGUUGAAAUUAUUAAGCUAAUUUUAGACUUCUUGAAUUCAAAGAAGCUUCACAUUAGUAUGUUGGCCCUUGAAAAGGAAAGUGGAGUCAUAAAUGGCCUAUUUUCAGAUGAUAUGCUUUUCCUGAGGCAGCUAAUCCUUGAUGGUCAAUGGGAUGAAGUUCUUCAGUUCAUUCAGCCUCUAGAAUGUAUGGAAAAAUUUGACAAAAAAAGGCUUUGUUGA